AAGAGCUAUUCAGCAAAUUGCAUGAAAGAAUUUCGCACGCGACCAACAAGCAGCCAACAAGUGGCAAGCCAACACCGAUCCGGGACAGAUAUUCCACGAGUCAGAGAGCGAGAGCGGGGGAGAUAAAUACUGCUGAAAGAUGUACGGACGCUGCAGUUUGCUGUUUGUGGUGCUUUUAUGCGCCUCGGGCCUGGCACACGCCCACUUUCCCGAAUAUUGUGCCGAGUGUGAGCAGGAGGUGUGGGAGCAGGUGCCAUGCAGCCAUGUGCCCACCACUGAGGGCCCCACGACGCAGCGGCCAGGAACGACAGUCAGACCUCCCACACCUCCCACAACCACAACAACCGUCGCAACCACCACGGAGGUCUUUUAUCCGCCCACAACGACUGCUCCCGCGGAGGAGAUCACCACCCAGCCGACGGCCUACAAAAAGUGCUACUGCGAGUGCAAGCUCGGCUGCAAGGAGUUCUGCCGCAAGGUGGCCACCUCCGGUCCCAAACAGCAGCUAACCCAGAUCUCAUCCACGGGAGACUACGCGCCCGGCGGCCAGGUGGAGUACACGCAUGUGCACCAGCGAAAGUACUUCCCAAAGUACGGAGGCGGAGCAGGCUAUGCGGGACUGGUGGGCCCCGUGGACGGUCCCAAGUCCUACAAGCCGUAUCCUCUGGUCUACAGCGAACAGGCUGGUGCCGCCUCCUCGCCAGCUGCGAGCAACAUUAAUGCUCCAAACUACACGCUGGAGGAGCUUGCCCAGCUGCUGAGCACAGCCUAUGGCAGCAAGAAGGAAUACCCACCACCACCACCACCCAGGCCCCAGCCACGAGCCCAGCUUCAGCCAGCGCCUCCUGCUGUCUACUACUCGCCGGUGUACAAGCAGGAAUCCGCGGCCCCUUCCAUUCCCCUUGUGAGCAGGGUUGAGCCCCAGCGCUAUCCCAGCAUCAAGGUAUCCGCCGCAGCGGUGGCCAGCUCAUCCGGAGGGGCUGUCGCCAAGGCUAAGACGCCCUAUGAGGAGAAGAUAGCCGUGGCCACGCCGCCUCCAUCCACCAUCUACGACCGAACCACAUCCUAUCCCGUUGUCGAGGAGCACACGGCGUACGCCUUGCCACAAACCGAGGCGUAUCCGAUCCCUCCCAGCCAGACGGAGUCCUAUCCCAGCAUCACCGAGUCGUAUGCGAGACAAACAGAGUCCUAUCCGAGCCAGACGGAAGCGUAUCCCAGCCGGACAGAGGCGCACCCCUUGCAAGAGCCCGAACCCAACAAGCCGUCGUCCUCCUUCGACCUGGCCAUUGACAACUAUCUCAAGGACUUUGGCUAUGGCAACCAAGGGAGGGGCUACGCGGACUACUAGACUCUACGUAGAUCCUUUGUUGUUAAGAGUUGUUUAAGUGUGUUCCACUUGUUUAUUUAUUUGUAUUUAGUUAAGUUAUGAUGAAUGCAAAAAUUGAAUUUA